AUGUCAAAAACCGAAAUUGUUGAACAUAUCAUUUCAGAAACACUUACUGAAGCUUAUCAAAUUAAGAUUAAAAAACAUACAACAUUGCCUUUACAUGAACUAAUCACCCCAAGCGUUAACGUUAGAACUAUUAAAAAUCCAAGACCUCAAAAUAGUUUCGUCAUUUAUAGACGAAAUGUUCAAGCUGAAAUUGCCAAAGAGAAAGGUACGAAUGCUGCUGGGAAAUUAGAUUAUGUAUCAAAAUAUGCUGCCGAUAAAUGGAGACAAGAAUCGCAAGAAGUAAAGGACAUUUAUGGUUUAUUGGCGAAUUGUGCAAAGAAAGUUCAUGAUAUAAUGUAUCCUGGAUAUGUUUAUCAACCAAAACGUCAAGCAACAACAAAUGAACCAAUGAUAAUGGUACACGAACCUAGUAUUAAUGGUGUUGGUUACAAAUUAAGGCCUUCUUCUAACAACAGUAAUAGUAAUAAUAACAACAACGGUAGUGGUAUUGGUAUCCCCAUUAAUAAUAGUAUGAUGAAUAAUAACCUAUAA